AUGCUUAGCAAUUUAGCCAGCAAUCAAUCUUUGCCAACAAUAGCUAAUACUAUUCCUCAUGAUGAAAGUGCUUCUCUUUUCGAAGAUAGUAAAGAGCCAUUCACAACUGAGCAAAGUAAAUCUCAACUAGACUCAGGCAAAAAUAAUGCAAGCAAUGAAUUAAUGAAAAUGCUUAGAGACCACGAUGCAGUACUUAAAAAUUUGAGAAAUGAUGUUAAUCAGCUAAAGGAUAAAUCUAAAGUUCAAGAUGAUAACCACAACAAGCUCAACAGCAACUUUGACAAAUAUAAAUAAUAAACUGAUAAAACUAUUGAUGAAAUUAAAAACCUCUUAAAAGAUCAUGCGGACAGACUAACAGCAUCUGAAGGGUCAAUUACACUCCUUAAAGCAUUAGGAUCAACAGGAGGUGGUGGCAAAGGAAGUGAUGGAGAUAACAAAGGACUAAUAGAAAUUUUAGAGCAACUAACAGACAAACUUAAGAAGGACAUCCACAAUAAUUUUGUGCAAAAAUCUAACUUUGAAAAUUUAAUUAGAAGAAUCGAUGAUUUAGCUGAUCAUUCUAAGGAUCUUGAUAAGAAGCAUGACAAUCAUGAAACUAGCAUUACACAAUGUAGGGAUCUAUCUGACUAAAAUAAUUUGGAUAUUUAAGAUCUCAAGAAAAAGGUGAAAUCGAAUUCGAAUUCUUCUAAUCUCAAUGACAAUAGCACUGGAAUUCUUCCAAAUACAAACAGCAAUAAUGAUUCGGUAAUUAAUGAAAUAUUAAAUAGAUUGAAAUUCAUGGAGAGGGAACUUGAGAACAAAGUUGAUAUGGAAGUUUUUGAUAAUGAAAUUGCUGGUCUCAAAGCAUUAAUUGGGAAUAUUGAUGAAGGUGUAAAUAAUGAUCUUGGCAAUUUGAAAGAUUAGGUGACUAAAUUACAGUCAAAAGUUGAUAAGCAUACCAAUGAUAUUGCAAAUCUUUUCGAAUUCCUAAAUGAUAUUAAAAAUACUCCUCCAUAAGUGGUAAAUACUGGAGGCCCUUCGACAAAUGACAUUUUACUUCUGAGAAAUAGAAUGGAAUAUGUUGAGAGCGUUCUUUCACAAUAUAAGAAAACCAUUAACGAAUUGAAUAAGAAACUUGACGAUUUUAUGAAUGAAGCAAAUAAGAAAUUAGGGGCAGUUGAUGAAAGUGUCAUUAGAAGACUUUAAGAUGAAUUAAAUAGACUCAGAAAUGAAUUUAUUGGUUAUAGAGAUGAUAAUGAUAAUAAUAUCAAGAAUAUUUUCGAGCAGCUUCUGAAUAAAGCAGACAAAGACGAGCUUUAAAAACUUGAAAACAGGAUUAUGGAAAAGCUCAAUGAAAUGCUUCAAAAAUUCUUAGGAAUGUUUGCAGAUAAAAAGGACACUGUUAAAAGACUCACUAAUUUAGAGAAAAAUGUCAAAACCAUAUUUGAUUUGAUGAUGUCCAAAAAUAGCCCAAGGCAAAACGAGGAUGAUGCUAUGUUCACAAAGAAACCUUUAAAUGGGUUGACGUGUGCAUCUUGCGAAAGAAAUAUCAUCAAUCUCUCAGGAUAAAUAGCUGACUAUCAUCCAUGGAAGAAGCUUCCAUUUAGAGAACCUAACGAUAGAAUUUCAAGAUAUGGACCGGGAUUCUCAAAGAUAUUGGCUAUGAUGAAGCCAGAGCCAUCAAUUGAUAACUCAAGAGCCGAUUAGACUUAGAUCAGAGCAGGUUCAACCUAAAAUGAUACAAGUUUCUUCAAUCAUUCUUAGACUAUUCAUGAGCACAUGAUAAAUGUUGAAAUGCCUUAAAAUAUCAACGUUUCUGCUAAAAAUAGUGCUAGAACAGGAUACUAAUUUUACACAAAGUAGAAUGCUCAGUUCGGCUCUAGGAAAGGCUCGCAACUAAGGUAAGGUGCUACAAUUGAAGAUUCUCCUCCUCCAAGAGAGAAUAGCACGGAUAAACUUCCCCAACUAAAUAUUAAGGUAAUUAAAUGA